AUGCCGCCGGUGGAUGCCAUUCCCUCCCGGGAUGCGCUGGUGGAUGCCAUUCCCCCCCGGGACGUGCCGGUGGAUGCUCGUUCCCAGCACGACCUGCCUGGCACAGCCCCUGGCUGCCGGCGGGCAUCCCUGGGCCGGAGCCCGGUCCUGCACCAGCAGCACGAGACCCCGCAGGAGCCAGCGUGGUUCGGGGCCCGGGGCCCAGGGAGCUGGGGAGCCCGUGGGGCACGGAGGCACGGGCUUUGGCUGGAGAGUGACCUCGAGGGCCGUGCCACCCCGGCGCAGCGGCCAGUGCACGCCAGGCGCGAUGGCAGAGCCUCCCCUGCCAUGGCGAACCGCUGCGACCCCAGCGUCUGCCCGCAGCUCCCCGCUUCUCGUGGGGGACGGCAGCGGAGCCGCCGCCAUCCGCAGCCAGGACGCGCCGAGCCCGGGGCAGGCCCUGACAAGAUGGGGGUGGGAGCGUGGCGGAGGGCAGGAGGGGACGGCCAGCGACGGCAGAGCGGUGCGUGGGCGCACGGACCCCUGCCCCGAGCUGCGGCAUGGGGGGUCCGGCUGGAGCCCCUGGGCCCUGGCCAGUCCCCUUCAUCCCCCCAGCCGCUGGAGGUGCCCGGGGCGGGGGGCGAGGGGCUGCUCAUCUGCGGCACCUGCGGGCAGAGCUUUGAGGACAGGGCCGGGCUGAGCGCGCACCAGGGCGAGCACCUGCACCCGGCGCCCACCUACCAGUGCGGCGCCUGCGGCAAGGCGUUCCGCCACCGCUGCAACCUCCUGACGCACAAGAAGCACCGGGGCCGGCGCCAGCACGCCUGCACGGAGUGCAGCAGGACCUUCUGCUUGAAAGGCGACCUGCUGCGGCACCGGGCGAGCCACGGCGGCGAGGGCGGCUACACCUGCCCGCUCUGCGGGGACGGCUUCCGCCACAAGCGUGACCUGCAGGCGCACCGCAAGGAGCACGCCGGCGCCGCGCGCCGCAAGUGCCCCGAGUGCGAGAAACGCUUCGAGGACGAGGCCAGCCUGAGCCGGCACCGGGCCACCCACUGCGGGGAGCGACCCUUCCUCUGCGGGCGCUGCAACCGCAGCUUCAGCUGGAAGGAGAGCCUGAUCAUCCACCAGCGCAGCCACGCGCAGGAGCGCUCCCACAAGUGCCCCGACUGCGGCCGCGGCUUCAGCCGCAGCGGCAACCUGCUGGUGCACCAGCGCGUGCACACGGGCGAGCGGCCCUUCGCCUGCCCCCAGUGCGACAAGGCCUUCUGCAACAAGGCCAACCUCAUCACACACAAGAAGCUCCACCGGCGCUACAAGACCUUCGCCUGCGCCCAGUGCCGGCUGGGCUUCAGCUCCAAGAGCAAGCUGCUGCUGCACCAGCGGGCCCACGCAGCCGAGCGUCCCUUCGCCUGCAGCGAGUGUGGGAAGAGCUUCCAGCACCGGGGGAACCUCAUCACCCACCUGCGGGUGCACACGGGGGAGAAGCCCUUCGCCUGCACCGUCUGCGGCAAGAGCUUCAGCCAGAAGGGCGACCUGAUGCGGCACCAGCGCAUCCACACCGGCGAGAAGCCGUUUGAGUGCACCGUCUGCGGCAAGAGCUUCUGCUCCAAGCAGACCUUCGUCCUGCACCAGCGCAUCCACACCGGCGAGAAGCCCUUCACCUGCACUGAGUGCGGCAAGAGCUUCAACCGCAAGGCCAACUUCAUCACCCACCAGAAGAUCCACCGCGGCGAGCGCCCCUUCAUCUGCGCCGAGUGCGGCAAGGGCUUCUGCGCCAAGAAGACCUUCAUCCUCCAUCAAAAGAUCCACAUCGGCGACCGGCCCUUCGGCUGCUCCGAGUGCGGCAAGAGCUUCAGCCGCAACGGCGACCUGACGCGGCACCAGCGCAUCCACACCGGCGAGAAGCCCUUCGCCUGCACCGAGUGCGGCAAGAGCUUCAACCGCAAGGGCACCCUCAUCACCCACCAGCGCAUCCACACCGGCGAGAAGCCCUUCGCCUGCACCGAGUGCGGCAAGAGCUUCAACCGCAAGGGCACCCUCAUCACCCACCAGCGCAUCCACACCGGCGAGCGCCCCUUCGUCUGCCCCGAGUGCGGCAAGACCUUCAACCUGAAGACCACGCUGAUGAAGCACAAGCGCAUCCACACGGGCGAGCGGCCCUUCACCUGCCUGGAGUGCGGGAAGAGCUUCAACCAGACGGCGUUGGCCAUCCACGAGCGGAGCCACACGGGCGAGCGACCCCACGCCUGCGCCGAGUGCGGGAAGAGCUUUGGCAAGAGCCGGGACCUGAAGAAGCACCAGCAGACGCACACGGCGGCGCGGCCCUUCUCCUGCCCACAGUGCAGCCGCCGCUUUCGGCUGAAGCAGAUCCUGGCGUCGCACCAGAAGGUGCACGGGGGGGAGAAGCCUUUCGGUUGCGCCGACUGCGGCAAGCGCUUUGGCCAGAAGCAUCACCUGCUGAGCCACCGGCGCGUGCACACCGGCGAGAAGCCCUUCGCCUGCGGCCACUGCGGCCACCGCUUCAGCCAGAAGCACCACCUGGUCAGCCACCAGCGCAUCCACACCGGGGAGCGUCCCUUCGCCUGCGCCCGCUGCCCCAAGGCCUUCAGGGACAAGAAGACCCUCACCGUCCACCAGCGCGUCCACACUGGCGAGAAGCCCUACAAGUGCGGCGAGUGCGGCAAGACCUGUAGCCAGAAGCAGCACCUGAAGAGCCACCAGCGGGUGCACCGGGGCUCGCCGCCUUUCCAGUGCGGCGGCUGCGAGAAGCGAUUUCGGGACGAGGGGAUCAUGCUGGCUCACCACCGCGCGCACCUCGGCGCCGGCCCUUUCCGCUGCGCCCAGUGCGGGAAAGGUUUCCGGCAGAAGCAAAGCCUCAUCACGCACGAAAGGAUCCACACCGGAGAGAAACCCUACAGGUGCGGGGACUGCGGGAAGAGCUUCAGCCAGCGGCCCAACCUCCUGACCCACCGGCGGGUGCACACCGGGGAGCGCCCCUUCCCCUGCGCCCAGUGCGGCAAGAGCUUCAGCCAGAAAGCCAACCUCCUGGCCCACCAGCGCAUCCACGCCGAGGACACCCCCUUCGUCUGCCCCGAGUGCGGGAAGAGCUUCAGGCAGAAGCCCAACCUCAUCACCCACCGGAGGAUCCACACCGGCGAGCGGCCCUUCACCUGCUUCCUCUGCGGCAGGAGCUUCAACCAGAAGACCAACCUGGUCACCCACUACCGGGUGCACACCGGGGAGCGCCCCUUCGCCUGCACCCAGUGCGGCAAGCGCUUCACCCAGAAGACCAACCUGGUGACGCACCAGAGCACCCACACGGACCUCCGUCCCUACCCCUGCGGGCAGUGCCAGAAGUGCUUCAAGGACAAGGUCUCCCUCAAAGCCCACCAGAAGACCCACGCCCCGCGCCAGCGCCGCUGCCCGGGCCGCAGCCCUGCCGCCAGCCUGCCCUACGGGGCUGCGCCCACCCUGCUGCAGCCCGGGGGUCCCGAGCAAGAGCCCCCCUUCAGCCCCAUGCCGCCGCUGCCCGUUCAGAAGAUCCCCGAGGGCCAAGAGCUGUACUCGUGCUCGGAGAAGAGCUUUCCCCCGAAGGAGCCGCUCCUGCCGCCCCAGCAAGCCCCCCUGGGCGAGCAGGCCUUCCCCUGCGUCCAGUGCGGGGAGGGCUUUUGCCAGAAGGUGACUCUGCUCCGGCCGCAGCAUGGCCCCACCGCCGAGGCUCCUGGCGGGUGCGCGGCGGCCUUCACCCACAGCCCGCACCUCCUGGGGCACCUCGGGGUGCAGCCGGUCCUGGGGGAUGCGACCGCCCCGGCUCCCCCGGCCGCCGGCGCGGAGAAGCCCUUCAUCUGUAACCAGUGUGGCAACAGCUUCGGCCUCUGGCUCUCCCUCGUGGCCCACCAGAAGACCCACGCCGGCCAGAAGCCCUACCCGUGCCCUGAGCACGAGAAGAGCUCCGGUGACGAGCUCUCCCCCAAAGCUGCGCAGGAGAAGCAGGCGGAGGGGAGAGCCUGGGUCUGCCCUGAGUGUGGGAGAAGCUUCGCCCAGUACGAGCGCUUGGUAAAGCACCGGCAAAACCACCGGGGCAGAGGGCCCUACCGCUGCGACGUCUGCGGCAAGAGGUUCAGCCUGAAGACCAACCUGGUGACCCACCAGCGCAUCCACACCGGCGAGCGGCCCUUCACCUGCGGCGUCUGCGGCCGCCGCUUCAACCAGAAGGGGAACCUGGUCACCCACUACCGCACCCACACCGGCGAGCGCCCCUUCGCCUGCGCCCAGUGCGGCAAGCGCUUCGCCCAGAAGCCCAACCUCAUCGCCCACCAGAAGACGCACACCGGCCGGCAGCCCUUCACCUGCCUGGAGUGUCCCAAGCGCUUCAAGAGCAAACUCUCCCUGCGCGUCCACCAGCGCGUGCACACGGCGGAGAGACCCCAGAGCGAGCCGGGCCAGGCCGCCGGCCUGCAGAGCCACCCCGGGAGCCCCUAUCCCUGCUCCCUCUGCGGGGAGACCUUCGAGGAGCACGGGGAGCUGCAGCUGCACCGGCAGGGCCACGCCGGGGAGCGGCCGCACGCCUGCGCCGAGUGCGGGAAGCGAUUCCGGCAGAAGGUGAAUCUGGCCGUUCACCAGAGGACCCACACCGGCGAGAGGCCGUUCCGCUGCGCUGAGUGCGGGAAGGGCUUCAGCCAGAAGGCUCACCUCCUCCGGCACCGCAGGACGCACGAGGCGGAGAAGGAGUUCAAGUGCAUCCUCUGCGGGGAAUGCUUCGGCCAGCAGCCCAGCCUCGCCCGGCACCAGAAGCACCACGCCGGGGAACGCGCCUUCAUCUGCGCCGAGUGUGGCAAAGCCUUCAGCCUCAAGCACAACCUCAUCAUCCACCAGCGCAUCCACACCGGGGAGCGUCCCUACCAGUGCGGCGUCUGCCAGAAGAGCUUCAGCCUCAAGCAGAACCUGCUCACCCACCAGCGCAUCCACAGUGGCGAGAAGCCCUUCUCCUGCCAGCGCUGCGGGAAGUGCUUCCGCGAGCAGCGCUUCCUCCUCAACCACCAGCGCACCCACGCCGAGGACCGGCCCGGCACCGCCGCCGAGGCCGAUCCCGCCAGCACCGGCAGCCUCGGGCCCUCCCGUCCCCUGCGCCGGCGGGAGCCUUGCGCAGCCCACGUGGUUCCUGGGGAGCCCUUCCUCCCCUUCGCCCCGUGCCGCGGCGGUGCAGCCUCCUGCCGCAGCUUAAACCCCCUGGGCCAGGGCAAGAGACCACGGAGGAGGAGGAGGGAGGUUUCCCCAGGGCAUCCCCACGCGUCCCCCUGCCCUGCCCUGCCCUGGCUGGUGCGGCUGUGGUCCGGCACGGUGAACCCGCCCGCCUUCCCCAUGUGGCCGGCGUGCCGGGUGCCGGCGCGGGGUAACCUCUGCUGUGCUUGCUCGCCCAGGGAAUGA